AUGUCGCUAAGCAGCCGUAAUUUGAGACCACAAUACCACCACACACAGCAGCAGCAUCCACCACGAGCAAUGUCGAUGACGAGCUCCCUAAGAGGUAGUGGGGUUUCUCGGUCCACGUCGAUGAAUGGCUAUUCGAUGAGAAUACAGGGCAGGACGCAACGGCCGGGCUCUGUCAAUUCCAGGGCAAAUUCUUUAACAGGCGGUUAUGCGUAUCAAUCACGCCAAGCUGGUGGUAGUUCCAGGAACACAUCGCGUGCCAACUCCUUGAAGUCCAACUCCACUACUACCAAGAUUGUCAAAACCACAGAAGAGAAGGACGAGAGUGGACGUACGAAAACAAUUACCAAGACAACCAUCGAGAGAAGAGGCGAUGUAAAGAUUGUUCGUACCACGAUUAUCCAACCUGCAAACGAAGCAAUUGACGAGCUGGACGAAUUGAAUGAAUUCAAUGAAAUGGACGAAUUGGAUGAAUUGCAAGGUUUUGAUGAUUCUGGUAAUGAUGGAGCAGAUCACCACGAGGAAAACGAGCAUUAUGAAGGUAAUGAGAAUGAUUAUCUACAUCCAAGUCCGGAUCCACGAGUGAAUGGAGCUGCCAGUGCAGCUGCAGCUGCGUUAGGAUUGCGUAGACAAUUACAUCCUGUUAGCAGUGGACCAAUUAGAGUACAACGGAAUCAACAAGUCCAGCCUAUACCUCAAGUGCAAAAAAGGGUCCAAUCUCCUCCAUCGCGUCGAUCAGAAGUCCGGUUCAGUGAUUUCAGUAGCACAGGAGAUGACUACCCCAUGUAUGAAGAAGAUGAGCAUGAGGAGUUAGCCCAUGUUGGCGGAAACGGGUCUGAAUGCCAUUCACCAAACUCCCCGGUUGUGAGGAAGGAUUCAGUAACAGCAAGUCCAGAAACCCCUAGCAGUUUCCAUGCGAGAGCACAGUCUAGACUAUCUGAGAUCCAAGAAGUUACUGAAAACUAUGAUUAUACAUCUGAGGACCAAGUUGACACUGUUGACAUGAACCAGCAGAUGGGCAACAGAGUUGCAGCAAAAGAAAUCCCAGGUGAAGACACUACAACUAAUGGUGUACAUGGACCACCGGCUAUUACCAAUAUAAUGCCGACUCCACCUCAUAGCUAUAGGAACUUGAGCGCACCAGUACAGUCUAAGGAUGCGCCAAAUACACACUUACAAAGCAACGGCGAAGAUACAGAAUCGUAUGGGUCUAAUAACAGGGCACCAAGGAGACUAAAGUCUGUUUUGAAAAACAGUUCAUCGUCAUCUAUGGUGAACAGUCCGCUGACACCUGAACAUACUGGAUUUGAGAACUUUGGUGGUUAUUCAAGCACUGUUGGUGUUGGAACAGGUCAAGUAAGUCACCCUAGAAGAACGCUGUCGCCAGCACCGGCAUUGGGGCCAGCAUCAAAACCGUUGGCUGUGACACCGGCCGUUGUUACAAGUGAGAGGAAGGAGCUGACGCCCGAGGAAAUGUACGCCCUUGCAUUACAAGCGGCUGAAAAGAAGGUGUAUGGAGACCGUAUUGAAGGUGGUGGUAGCGACGACCUAACUAGUCGGAAUACAAUUAAGAAUGCAAACAUUGGCGAGAGCAAGAAUAUAUCAGGGAAAACGGCAGUGGGGAAGUCCCAGUCAGGAGUGCCAUACAAAUCCAAUGCUCAAGGAGUUGGUUUCCGAAUGCAUUCGAUGCGGGAACCUGGACCGAAAGUGAGUCGCUUUAGUAGGGAGUAUAACGAAGCUGGAGGAAUGAAGAAACUACUCAAGAGCAAACAAAAGGAGGAGAAGAGAGGAUGGGAGAGUGAGAGGAAAGCCCGUGCUGGUGAGCUAGUUGAGGAGUUGAAGCCACAAGUUGAGCAUGAAGUUGAGAUGAUGCCUGUUGAUGCAGAAGUUGAAUUAGCGAUUCUGCAGAAGCAGGAGGAGCUAGGUAAAAGUAUAGGCGGUUUGGGUGAACAAGUGGAGGGGAAGUCUGUGGGCAGUCCCAGUUCACCAAGCAAGCUCAAGCGGAUGUUUGGGUUGGGGAAGAAGAAGGCCCAUUCCAGGGGGGGUUCUGUUGAUUCGAGCAGCAAGAAGCUGUUUACGUUUGGCAAGCCCGAUGGAAGUUUGAAUGAUUCCAAGGCCAAGAGAGCGUCAGCUGAAACAGCCGUGCCAGAUGCGGAUGUUGCAGGGCAUGGUGUCACUGGUUUAGGAUUGGAGCCUACCGUAGUGCCCGGGGUAGAAAUGCCGACGAUUGUUGAAAAUGGAGGUCUACGAGAUGGCGAUGGAGAUGGUUAUACCAACGGAGGCGAAGAGGCUGGUCUCAACAUGAGUUUACGGGGGGCGUCUGUGGGGGACAGUGUUGAACCUGAAGAGUUUACCGAUGCCUUAUCGAGUUUGGACGUUCCUGUUGAGAAGAUGGUUGUUAAUGCAAGAGAGGGUGCCGGCAAUGUCGAGACAAGUGUUACAGGUAAGGGGCGCGAAGAUGCGAGCCGUGUCGAGAAGGAAGAAGGUGGCAAGGUGAAGAGGAACAACAGGUUCAUGAAGUUCUUCAACCUUUAA